CCAACACAAAAGGCGAUGUGGCGGGCUAGGCGCUGGCCGUGGCCGAGGCCGAGGCCGCGAUGGGUCUCGUCGGACACGGUGGUGGCCACGAAUUCGGGCGAGCCGGCACGACGGCAGGUGGCGGCGCUAUGGGGAAACGGGGACUACGGGCGGCUGGGGCUGGGGGCGUUGGAAUCGCGGUGGAGCCCCACGGUGUGCCCCUUCUUCGUAGGGCGCCCCGGCGACCCGCCCGCCUCCCUCGCCUGCGGCGGCGCUCACACCCUCUUUCUCACCCACAGUGGGCGCGUGUUUGCUACGGGGCUGAACGACUUCGGGCAGCUUGGGAUCGGCUCCUCGAUGACUCAUAGUCUGGACCCUAUUGAAGUCUCGGGAUUUCAUGACAGAGUUGUAGAAAUUUCAGCUGGAAACCACCAUUCUUGUGCAGUAACAGCGGACGGUGAGCUCUUCAUCUGGGGCAAGAAUUCGAGUGGUCAGCUUGGCCUUGGAAAAAGUGCAGGAAAAAUAGUCUCUACCCCGAGAAAGGUUGACUACUUGGCAGAUGUUAGAGUGAAAAUGGUCGCUUUGGGGUCAGAUCAUUCAAUUGCUGUUACAGAGGAAGGUGAAGCCUUGAGUUGGGGAGCUGCUGGCGCUGGUAGACUUGGACAUGGCCAUAAAUCUAGCAUCUUGGGAUUUGCUAUGGCCUCAAAUGAAUAUACUCCAAGAUUGAUCAAAAACCUUGAUGGUAUCAAGAUUAAAAGGGUAGCCGCAGGAAUGCUGCACUCUGCUUGCAGUGAUGAAAAAGGUACCGUGUUCAUAUUUGGGCAGAAGACUGAGAAGGUAUUUGGAAGAUCAAAUGAUGUACCUAGACCAAGUGUUGUUGAAGAAAUAAAAUUUUCAGAAGAAGUUGCUUGUGGAGGCUAUCAUACUUGCGUUGUAACAGGUAUCAAUUUUGUGUUACGCGUGCAGAAGUCAAAGGGGUGCACUGAUUUGUUUUGUACAUGAAUUUGUUAGAUGGUAUCAAUGGUUUUCAGAGUAUAUGGUAGGGGCUAGGGUUCUACCGGGUCUAGGGCGGAGGUUGUAAGGGUGGAA